AUGUUCAGUAGACUUAAGUUCUACCAGUUUUUACUAGACUCUCGAGAGCGUACGCUCCGCCACUUACAAGGCCUUGUUUCCGGCCUAGCGUCAAGACAGUCUUUAACCAAUCAACCCCCCUCGUUGCUGCUAAAAUGGUCCCAGCCAGCGUUACAAGCUGUAUUCCCGGCAUUUGCACGACAAAUCUCUCGUUUUCUUUCAAACAUCGAGUCUCCAGCACAUACCCUGCGCAUAUUUGACCCGGAAAUCAUUCGAGGCCCUCGCCAGGCUCAUCUCACAAACUUGAAGCUUAGGCAAGCUGCAUCUACAUUCCGCCCAUCAUUGGUGUACUUUUCUUCACGCGUGCUUGGAACCAAAAUUGAAUCAGAUGGAACUCACAUUUCAACUGGGUCGGUAGACUUUGGACUCCCAGAUAACGUCAUUUUUUCCAUUAUUUACCCUCGCCUGGCUGAAACUUCGGGCCAUAGCGAUCAGCUUGCCAAACUUGCCAGGAUCGGACGCAUGUACCUUGAGAUAUGUUGCUGGUCAUAUACCAUGAAGUAUCUUUCUGCACCUGGGCGUGCCCCAUCUCCUGGAUGCUUUGUGAAUGGCUACAACUUUAAUAUGCUUGGUUAUGUGAGUCCAUACGAGGAAAUUGCUCCUAUAGAAGAAGAAGACGUGAAGGCAAGCGAGUUUAAAAACACAAAAUCGCCAAUGCAUCAACAUCGGUUAUCACCGUAUAAUGACAUUAAUCUCUGCCGGCCAGAGUCUCUUGCGCAUUACACAAAGGCCAUUGGCCUUUACGAUUCCAUUGUGUAUGACUCGCUGCCUCACAAUGUGGGCCGCGAGCAACAGGCCAUUGCCGCCUUGUAUCAAACAAUAGGUUCACUGUACCAAAUCCACGGUCCAGAAGUGACCAGAAAGUUUAUAGACCAACGAGUCAUGGAGGGAAAAACGGGGCUUGUAUGGCAAUCACUUAAUGAAUAG